AUGAAUGCGUUUUUUACACAAAUUGUCAUUCCCAAUAAGGGAUCAGUUGCAAGAGAUCAUCUCGCUAAUGAGAGAACGUUGCUUGCAUGGACACUCACUUCAGUGACUUUUCUAACAUUAGGAAUCGGAUUUAUGCAAUUCUUCAGAAUUGAGCAGAAAUCUCAGUGUAAGGAUAUUGCUACUGUUAUACCUAUUUCAAAAUCGAUAUAUGAUAAAGAUGUAGUUGCAACGGUACUUUCAUUGUGUCGCCCAAUUGGCGGUAUGUGUAUAAUUAUGGGGAUGCUUACUUUGUUUUUUGGAAGUUUCCGGUAUUUCCAAGUCCAGAAUAUGUUGAUGAAAGAUGAGUUCCCGGUGAUGAGAUUGGGGUUGGUUGUGUUGAUAAUCAUUAAUUUGAGUAUUUUGAUAUUGUUAUUGGUGUUGAACUUUGAAAUUGCCUUGUAG